UACUGGCUAUACCACCCAGUCCAUCGCCUCCUCUUAAUUUUUUUGUAAGAGAAGGAGAUAAGGUGGAGGAGAUGAGGAAGAUCAGUUCUCCAUGACUUCGUUGCGUCCGUCAAUGUCUGGUGGCAGUGUAACGUUUCAAACUCCUAAUCUGAAGAAUUUGCCAUAAAUUUUGUUCGGCUAUAGUUAACCGGCAAAAUACUGGCCAUGCCACCUGAAGCGAACACCAAUGGAAAAACGGGCAAUCCGGGCCCACUCGUCAGUGACCUCAUCUUCAAAGGGUCCCCGAGCCCAGGGCCGACAAGUUGGGCAGCACCACCACCACCACCACCGUCUCCUGCAACUGCAACUGCAAGCGACCACCCACCCACCCGGCGACGCUCCGAUCCCCACGCUCCCUUUCCCGUCUCCCCAGACCCAAUCGCGCGGCGGCAGCUGCAGCAGCAGCAAGCGCCGCCGCCGGAGGAGGAGGAGGAGGAGCGGCGGUGCCGUGGGGGUGAGAUGAAGGAGGUGGUGCUCCACGUGUACGACGUGACGAACAGCGACUCGGAGAAGACGAACAACACCAUUCUCCAGAUCAACCGCAUCUUCAAGGACCGCAUCGGCCUCGGCGGCAUCUUCCACAGCGCCGUCCAGGUGUAUGGCGAGGAGGAAUGGUCGUUCGGGUUCUGCGAGAACGGCAGCGGCGUGUUCAGCUGCCCCGUGGGGAAGAACCCCAUGUACACCUACCGCGAGCGCAUCGUCCUCGGGGAGACGGAGUGCGGCAUUGCCGCCGUGAACCGGAUCCUGCGUGAGCUCAGCCGCGAGUGGCCGGGCCACUCGUACGACCUCCUCUCGAGGAACUGCAACCACUUCUGCGACGUGCUCUGUGAGAGGCUCGGCGUCCCCAAGCUCCCAGGUUGGAUUAAUCGUUUUGCCAAUGCUGGUGAUACUGCUGUGGUUGUUGCUGAGAACACAGCAGUUAAGUUCAGGCAGGCUAAAACAGAAAUUGUCAAUGCCAGUAGAGUAGCAUACAGAUUUAUGGCAGGCCUGGCUUCAAAAAAUCAAGCCUCACCAGAGUCCCCGGAUAAUAACCAAAACAGAGGUGGCCCUACUUUCCAGGGAGCUUGGUUCAAGAACAUUGUCUCAGCUGGCGCAAAGCCAUCUUCGAGUGGAUCAACUCCCUCACAGGACACCACUGAUGAUGGUUCCCCUUUGCAGCUGCAAAAAUCAACAGAACAAUCAACGCGGUUGUAGCGGAUGUCGCAGAGACAUAUGAACUGUUGAAUUGAAUCUGUAGUGUAACAUUAGCUAAUAUUUGUUCAAAACCUGUUGUCAAAUUGAAUCUGUAGUGUAACAGUUACUCAUAUUUGUUCAAAAACUGUUAUUCGCGCCUGAA